UGUCAAUGAAUGUGCGCGGAAGUAAAAAAAAAUUGUGACAAAGUCAACAACAAAUGUGAUUCAAUUGCUUAUUAAUAUUCAAAAUGAAUAAUUUGUUAAGCGCUUUAAGAUUCUGGCUGCCUCUGCUGCUGCUGCUCACCGCAAAAGUAUACGCCGCGUGGGCCAAGGCAGUGCCUCCAAAAACCGCAGCAUACACACAGACAGCAGCUGCUAAUGCCAGCGACAGCAACAAGUGGAGCAACUAUUUUCUGCAUGAGCCUUAUGGACCGCAUACUUAUGCCUUUGGCUAUGAGCUGCAGGAUAAGGCAACAGGCAAUGUGCAGUUCAGAGAUGAGCGGCGUUAUCUAAAUGGCAGUUUGGAGGGCAGCUAUGGCUAUGUGCGUCCCGAUGGACUUGUGCAAGUGACGCGCUAUAGAGCUGAUGAAGCGAGCGGCUAUUUAGCGCAGACACAAACCUUUGCAGCGGGCGAGGAGGGAAACUUGGAAGCAACGCCGCAUUGGCCUACCAAGCGACCUGAUUUAUUCAGAGAGCAGCAUGUUCGACAGCCAGCGCAGAAUGUAAGCUGGGAUGCUAAGCAGCAUUUGAAUGUAAGCGUAGAUGCUGUAGAGCAUGAGCUUGCCGAGCAGCUAAAGCAGCAGCUUGGAUUGGACUUGAAUCAUAUAAAUGUAGCGCAGGAUGUGCAGCCAGCAGUUCUAGAUAUAGUUAAUGGCAAGACGCAGCUGCAAGGCAAUGCAAGUUUGCAAAGCUUGCAGAAUUUGCUGCCCAAGGAGCUGCCCAUAGUGCCAUUUGAACUGCCAGUGGAGCAGCUAAUUAAAAAAGCGCCAGCGCCUAAUGAUGAAAAGGCUUUGCCGCUAGCAAAACUCAGCAGCACUUUAGCCACACCCAAACCUUUGAGCAGCAAUGCGAGCGCCAAUUGGUAUCAGCAAAUCAUUCAAGCAAAUCGUCGUGAAUUCCUUAACCCACUAACGCCCACAACAUAAGUAGUUAGGUAAGCUGUUGCCGCAAACUUCUUUCACUUUUCAUUGAGCUUGAAUAAUUUGCGCUGCCGCACGCUUUGCAUAAGCAGCUAGAAGAAUGCACAUAAAAAUUACUAUAAAAGCAAACAAUAAUUGCAGACAGCAACAUGAAACACUUUGAAUACACUAACAACAAAAAAUAGAUAAAGUUGUAAGCACUAGACAAGGCAAUAAAUAAACUAAAGUGCUUUGAAUUAAUAUAAGGCGAGAGUUAACUUUAAAAUAAACCAAAUAAAAUCUUAUAGUUUCAUAUCGAAAAAAGUUUCUAUAGUUAAUAAU